AGUUUGGCGGAGGUCCCCGUGCAGCUCUGUGGUCUGCGGAGUCUCUCUGACAAGGCUCGCUCUGUGCUGCACGGCUCCUUUCCUUAGUUCAGUCUCGGGCUUCUACCACAGAACCACAAAUCUCCCCAGCUGCGAAUCAGACAGGGACAGACAUGCAGAGCCCGGGAGCCCAAGACAAUGUCUCCGUUUCCCAGGGUGUUCGCAUGAUGUUUUAUCUGAUGAAGCCCAGUGAAACUGCCUUCCCAACCGUUGAAGAGGUGCCCGAUUACGUUAAAAAGGCCACUCCGUUUUUCAUCUCCCUGAUUCUGCUGGAACUGGUCACCAGCUGGAUUCUCAAGGGGAAGGCACCAGGUCGCCUCGAUGAUGUUCUGACAUCCAUGUCAGCUGGUGUUGUGUCUCGGCUUCCAAGUCUGUUCUUCAGGAGCCUUGAAGUGACCAGCUACAUUUAUGUAUGGGAGAACUACAGACUUGUUGAUUUGCCUUGGGAUUCUCCAUGGACAUGGUAUUUGACCUUCUUAGGAGUUGACUUUGGCUACUACUGGUUCCACCGCAUGGCCCAUGAGAUUAACAUUAUUUGGGCUGCACACCAAGUGCACCACAGUUCCGAAGACUAUAACUUAAGCACAGCACUGAGACAAUCUGUCUUGCAGCCAUAUAGUUCCUGGAUUUUCUACUCUCCCUUGGCUCUCUUCAUCCCACCUCCAGUGUUUGCUGUUCAUAUCCAAUUCAAUCUCCUGUACCAAUUUUGGAUUCAUACAGAGGUUGUCCGAAGCCUCGGCCCCUUGGAACUGGUUCUUAACACUCCUAGCCAUCACCGGGUUCACCACGGCCGAAAUCGCUACUGUAUUGACAAAAACUAUGCUGGCACUCUUAUUAUUUGGGACAGAAUUUUUGGAACAUUUGAAGCAGAGAAUGAACAGGUUGUAUACGGUCUAACGCACCCCAUUGAUACAUUUGAGCCAUUCAAAGUUCAGUUUCACCAUUUACUCUAUAUAUGGAAUACAUUUUGGGCUACACCUGGAUUCUUCCAUAAGUUUUCUGUCCUAUUUAAAGGACCAGGAUGGGGUCCAGGUAAACCAAGACUUGGCCUAAGUGAAGAAAUUCCAGAGGUCACAGGACAGGAGGUCCCCUGGUCAUCAGCAGCAUCCCAGCUGUUAAAGAUGUACACUGUCCUGCAGUUUGCAGUGAUGCUGGCAUUUUAUGAAGAGACAUUUGCAGACGCAGAGGUUCUGUCUCAAGUCACUCUGCUCCUGAGGGUCUGCUCCAUCAUCCUGACCUUGACAUCCAUUGGUCUCCUUCUGGAUCAAAGGCCCCAGGCAGCCCUUGUGGAAACUCUCCGUUGCCUGAUGUUCCUAACCCUGCACAGAUUGGGUCAUUUGAAGCCUCUUGUCCCAUCUUUAUCAUUUGUAUUCGAGAUUUUCUUUUCUGUUUGCACUGCUUUCUGGGGAGUAAGAAGCAUGAAACGACUCACCGCUGGCUCUUGGAAAUAGCCCAACUACAGACAGCUCUCUUGAUCCUGUCAGUCAUCCAUGGCAGGUCACUGCUACAGAAAGAUCGUUGUCUUACAUACUGCCUACAGGAGCUACUUAGUUAAUGAAAAAUGAAAGUACUUAUUUACCUAUGCUUUUCAUGUUUGUUUUUCUGUUAAAAUUAAAGUGAAGUAUACUAUUUGCUCUCACUAAAAGCCAGAUUAUUUUUUAUAUAUUGAGGCUAUAUUCACUUUUCUUGUCUGUCGCAAUGCCUAUGGAAAGGAAAGGGUGAGCUUAAAAUAUUUAACAAAAUGAAAAUUACAUUUGUCUUGCUUGGUUAGACAACUUUUCCUUUAACAUUUGCUAAAACUAUACUUAAAUACAUCUCUGUCGUCUUUAAAAUGUGUUGGAGUCUACGUGAGCUGGCAUUUGCCUUUGCAAAUAAAUCAUCUAUAUUACCACAUUACAUAAAAAUACAUCAAUGUGGUGAAAAUGAUUAAAACUGGACAGAAUUAGUUGUUCAACAUGUUAGUUUAUAAAACAUACUUCUAGAAUGGUGGGUUGACUUGUUUCAACAGCUUGAGGAGUACAUUGUAAUUCAUGCUGUUUCAAAUAGUCACAAUAAUGUUAAUAAAAUCAUCUGAACAGAAGCGACAAAAAUGGUGUGUAUAUACUGCUUAUGAAAUAUUAAAAGUCUGUUGUAUGUUCCAUUUGAAAAUACUGACAGAGAUAAGAACUGAGUUCAGAAAAGUGAUGGAAAAAAGUCUUUAAAAAGUAAGAAUUCUUCCCUUCCUCCAAUAUUUAUCAGACAAUUUUCAAACGACAAUUUUAGCAGUCCGAGUCAAAAUUACUCUCUACUUACAUGCAUCACUGAAUUAAGAGGACUAGCUCUAGUUGCUCAGCCUCACUUUUAAGUAUGUUACUUAAGAUUUGAAUAAAAAAAACGUUGGGAGCUGACAGAGAAUCAGGCUGCAGGAGUCUGUGCGUACUCAUGAGGCAGAACUGAAGCACAUUUACUUUUCAAGCUGAAACAGCAGAAGAAAAUUAACUUUGCAUGAUGGAAAUAUUAAUAAUUAUAUCUCAAGCGUCAGAAGUGGGUUUGGCUUUGCUUCAUUCAGUUUUUAUACUUCUUAAUUAAAUGCAGGAUUUGAGCAAAUUCUGAGGUCAAUAACAAAUAUUAAAUCCUACUUUGGUGCCUCAUUAACAGGCAUUGUUGGCCUUCAUAGGUAUAGACAGACCUACCUUACAGGAGAGAGCCCUCUGCUGGUUUGAAACUAUUAAUGUACCAUUAAAAUUCUUGAGAUGCAUAUUAUAUAUUCCCAAGAAUUUCUAUGCUAUAAGUUACAUCAUUCAUUAAUGGAAAGAAAAUAGAAUUUUUAUUGAUUCUCAAAUAUUUACUUAACAUGCCAAAAUAAUUUUAUGAUGGGGGCAUCCUUGAAUAUAUGUGAAUAUACAGGGGUAGUUUAAAAUCAGUUUAAUCAUGAAAAUAAUUCAUGUGCAACUCAGGUUUCUUUGAAUAAACUCAAAUGUAUUUGUUUUC